AUGCCGUACUGUUCGGCCUGUGCGAAGAAUACUGUCGGGAACCGGGAUUCCAAUGGUUUCUUAUCCUGUGACGACUGUGGAAAAGUUUUGACCUUCGAUAAUUAUUCAACUGAGGCCACAUUUGUUAAAAAUUCCGCUGGACAGAGCCAAUUGGCAGGAAGACUAGUCAGAAGCAUUGACGACGAAAGCUUUUCAAGGCAAAGGUUGUUUGAUAGAGCUUUAGAUGAUUUGAUAAUGAUGAAGAACGGAUUAGGCAUGGGUGAAAAUCUCACCUUAGCUAACCAAGCUUUGGAUUUCUAUCGAAUAGCAGUUGAGCGGGGUUUUACCAGGGGCCGAAGAACCGAACAAGUACAAGCUGCAUGUCUUUAUAUUGCAUGCCGGGAAAAUAGGAAGCCGUAUCUACUAAUUGACUUUUCAAACUACUUGCACAUAAAUGUUUAUGUGCUAGGUGCAGUCUUUUUGCAGCUCUGCCAAGUUUUGCACCUGACAAAGCAUCCCAUUUGUCAAAAAUUGCACGAUCCUUCCAUUUUCAUCCACAAAUAUACAGCCAGCUUGACAAAUGAUAAAAGUGAAAUCAAAGAAAUUUCUGAUACUGCCCUUGCCAUUAUUGCAAGCAUGAAUCGUGACUGGAUGCAGACAGGAAGAAGGCCCAGUGGGCUGUGGGGUGCUGCACUCUACAUUGCUGCUUAUGCUUAUGGUCAUAAACCUGCUUCUGACGACAUAUUAAGGUUGGUGCAUGUUUGUGGAGCAACACUGUCAAAGCGAUUGGUUGAAUUUGAGAAUACGGAAUCCAGCGCCUUGACGAUUGAUGAACUGAAUGCAAAGGCAGAGGAGCUCAUGGAGAGUCCCGUUGAACCAAGUUCUGGGAUGAAGGAAAGAGAGUUGCUUUGUAAGCACAAGGGGAUCAGCCAGCAUUAUGCUCAUGGACUUUGCAAAUCUUGUCAUUCAUUUGUCAUAGGAUUUGAUGGCGGAUCAGAUCCUCCAGCUUUCCAAAAGGCUGAGAGGCAAAGAAUGGAAAAGAUGGAGAAAGCUGAUGAUGGAAAUACGGAGGACCAAGACUUCUACAGAGAGGAGAUUAUGCCAUCGGUUGAUCAAGGAACAGUUGGGAUAUCAACUGCUGACUUAGAUGAGGGUGGUAAUGAUGAGAGAUCGAAAGGGACAGAUGAUGAUGGAUCAGACAACUUCUCUGAUAUAGAUGAUGAUGAGGUGAACGAAUACCUUCACAGUGAAAGUGAGAAGCCCUUGAAAAAAGAAUUGUGGGAAGCAGCCAACUGGGAAUAUCUCGAGGAACAAGCUGCUAAAGAAGCAACUGCAGCAGCUCUGAAGGAAGCUCAGGAGGCUAAUUUAGAGAAUUGUUCGCCCGAGGCCAGAGAACGUUAUGCUGCUGUUCUAGCAGCUAUGGAAAAAUCCAAAAAGGAAAAACAGAAAAAACGAGCUGCAGAUGCAAAGAACUUAACUCCUGCCCAAUCUCCUGCAGAAUCAGUCCACAGAAUGUUAACUAAGAAGAGGCUCAGCUUAAAGAUAAACUUUUCUGUGAUGGAGAAGCUCUUUGAAGAAACUAGUACGAACGGAGGAAAGAAACCAAGAAGUGAGUCUCAUUCGGACGAUGACGAGGAUGCUGUUCUACAUACAGCUGGAAAAGAUGACAAACUAGGCGAGGAAGACAAUAUUAAUGAUUUAGGAAUGAUUGACGAAGAAGACGAUAAUAAUGGUUAUGAUUAUGAAGAAGAGUUGGAGCAUGAGCGUUAUGAUGGUUUCUAA